GGUUGAGGGCAGCACGUGAGAGGGUUCUUUGGUAGCAAAGUCUUUUGGUGUGCUCAGGCUGGCCGACUUUGAAGAAGAUUGAGGGGGGCGUCUCGUACUCAAUUGCUACCCACUAAACUCGCAGGUCAGAUUCAUUUGGAGCUCAAAAGAAACUAGUGGGCACCAUCAAACCUCAAAAUGUUGCCGAGAAAUUAUUCUCCAAUGGAGCUUCUCAACACCGAGUUCGUAGGGAAGAUUACACACGGGAGAGUCGCAAAAUUACUGAGUUCAAAGAUAGUUUAUGUUUGUGCACUGCUCGUUAUUGUAACAACUUGUGGAGCAGCUGUGGGUCUUAUCACUGCAAAAGAACGACCAAAAGAAAAAGAAUCAGUAUCAACAUCAGCCACUUCCUGGACAAGACCAACACGCUACCCUGAUCCUUCGAGGCCAACGGUGACUGUACCUGAUCACCCUUCGCGAACAGGGCCAACACGUCACCCUAACCCUUCAGAACGAACAUAUCGACCUGAUCCUUCGGGGCCAACACGUCAACCUGAUGUUUCGGGAUCAACACACGAACCGGGACCCUCCGGAAGAACACGUGAACCUGAUCCUUCGGGACCAACUGUGACUGGAUCUGAUCACUCUUCGCGAACAAACCCAACAGCUUACCCUGAUCCUACGGGACCAACACGUAGACCUGGUCCUUACCCUGAUCCUUCGGAACCAACAGAUCAACCUGAUCCUCCAGUGCCAACAGAUCAACCUGAUCCUUCGGGACCAACACGUCAACCUGACGUUUCGGGAUCAACACACGAACCAGGACCCUCGGGAAGAACACAUGAACCUGAUCCUUCGGGACCAACACCUCAACCUGACGUUUCGGGAUCAACACACGAACCAGGACCCUCGGGAAGAACACAUGAACCUGAUCCUUCGGGACCAACACCUCAACCUGACGUUUCGGGAUCAACACACGAACCAGGACCCUCGGGAAGAACACAUGAACCUGAUCCUUCGGGACCAACACCUCAACCUGACGUUUCGGGAUCAACACACGAACCAGGACCCUCGGGAAGAACACAUGAACCUGAUCCUUCGGGACCAACACCUCAACCUGACGUUUCGGGAUCAACACACGAACCAGGACCCUCGGGAAGAACACAUGAACCUGAUCCUUCGGGACCAACACCUCAACCUGACGUUUCGGGAUCAACACACGAACCAGGACCCUCGGGAAGAACACAUGAACCUGAUCCUUCGGGACCAACACCUCAACCUGACGUUUCGGGAUCAACACACGAACCAGGACCCUCGGGAAGAACACAUGAACCUGAUCCUUCGGGACCAACACCUCAACCUGACGUUUCGGGAUCAACACACGAACCAGGACCCUCGGGAAGAACACAUGAACCUGAUCCUUCGGGACCAACACCUCAACCUGACGUUUCGGGAUCAACACACGAACCAGGACCCUCGGGAAGAACACAUGAACCUGAUCCUUCGGGACCAACACCUCAACCUGACGUUUCGGGAUCAACACACGAACCAGGACCCUCGGGAAGAACACAUGAACCUGAUCCUUCGGGACCAACACCUCAACCUGACGUUUCGGGAUCAACACACGAACCAGGACCCUCGGGAAGAACACAUGAACCUGAUCCUUCGGGACCGACUCACGACCCUGAACCUUCGGACCCAACAGGUUACCCUGAUCCUACGGGACCAACACGUAGACCUGGUCCUUACCCUGAUCCUUCGAAACCAACAGAUCAACCUGAUCCUCCAGUGCCAACACAUCAACCUGAUCCUUCGGGACCGACUGUGACCGGAUCUGAUCACUCUUCGCGAACCGAAUCAACUUCUUCUCCAGCAUUCGAGGACAUCCACUGCGUCUUUGUAGCGGACUUGUACAAUCUUGGCCACAAUCAGACACUUUAUGAUAAGGAGUAUACGCUGACAUGGCAUAUAGCCAACUAUUUCGAUGAAGCUAUAACAGGUUCUACUGGAGGACUCUGGACUUAUGGAUAUAGAAAGAAAUUGAACUAUAGAGAGUUCAAAGAAGUGUUUGACCAUAUGAAGAAGAGUUGGGCGGAGUUCGCACUACAAGCAGAAGAGGAUUUGCAAGUCAACCCUGAAGGGAGCGAGUGCCGUUCACCAGGGGGUAAUAAAGAGGCUAUAGAAGUAGUCAGUGAAACGGAACCAAGAGGGAAUGCAAACUGUUUGAUAUUCUUCUCGGGUAUGAACGAAGAGCAGUUAGCCAAGGUGCCGGAUGGAGUCAGAAUCGAGCCGGAUGGUUAUAAAAGCGUCGUUGUUGUGAGUCUGCGAGGUACCAAUUUGACUAGAAUUGUGGAUCUCGACAAGAGGGGUUACACUCUUCUCAACGUGCCGUUAGAUUUUGAAAAGGAGCAUGUCAAAGAGAUUAUGGAAGCUGUACGGAAAGGUUUUAAGGUUCUGUAGGGUCUUGUGGUCUGAAGAUGAAGUUAUUGGAACAGCGUUCAUUAUAAAGCAAACUGGUAUAAUGUGUUGUCGUACAUUAGCCCGUCACGCACUUGUAAAUGUAUAUCCUGAUUUUUCACAAGGAGCAUAUAACUAUUGAUCUACUUCACACAAAUAAACUGCAAUAUAUUGAAUGUGUCGAAAAAACAAACUUGCAGUUUCUUCCAGAAUUCAUGUGUUUUUAUUUGAACUCAUCAUCUUUGAAUAUUACGUUCGAUUAAAUAAAAUAAAAUUAUAGCAACUGCCA